AAACAUCCUCCUAAAUAAUAAUCUCAUGAGGUGGAAAACCUUCAAAUGAUCCGAUUCUUAUUACUUAAAAGUGAAAAAUAAUAAUAAAAGCCUAAACCUUGGUAAAACCCUAGCUCCCUCUCUGGAUUCUCUCCACACGGGCUCUCUCUGAAAAGGCUCUAAUCCUCGGGGAUUUUGGUGCUGGUGUUCAAAUGGCCUCUCGUUGUAGAUCUCUGUCGCAACCAGCAUUCUCUCUCAUACGAUCUACGAUUUCGAAACCAUCAAGCAAGCCCAAGUCCUCAGCUUUUCUCAACCACACUCGUUCGUCUGCUACAUUGCCGAGGGCGGUUCCUCAUCUUGGUUGCGUGCAGUCCUUGCUUCCCCUCCACUCAGCAAUCUCCUCAGCUCGCCUCACCUCUUGUCUUGGUAUAGAUUCAAGGAACUCCAGGUCGUUGACUCAGGGUAUGCUCUGCAGUGCCAACCCCGGAGUUUGAUAUCUCGAAUAUUUUUUAUUUGGUAUUUAAAUGGGCCUCAGCACACCUCGAUAAGAGUUUUAGAAGACCAAUGAUUGAUGAGCUAUAGUCAUCAGUCCCGCUGCUGGGAUGCUUUUUGCAGUGAACUGUUUAAUUUUUGUUGAACAUUUCAGUACAACGGGUGCAUAGUUGGAAGAAUCCUUCCAUAUUCCUGUAACUAUGGCCGUGGAUCCCUGAAAAUUCUUAUUCAAUCCAGGUUCAAUUGUUUUUAAGAGAUUGACUUCAGCUGAUCAGUAACAAAUAAAGAAUGCGUUCAUGCA